GCGGAACAGCCACUCGACGUUCGAGCGCCAUGGCGACUCCUUUCAAUGCCCCUCGGGGAAGGCGGACACGGCCGAAGCCGAUUCCCUUAGGAGAAGACAGCAUCGUGCUGUCCCCCACGAGGAUGUGCAUCACCUUCGAUGCGACAGAUGAACGAAGUAGCACCGCACCGAGGCUCUCCACUCCCAGCGGCAAAAAUGUUCUUCGAAGAUCCUCCAGUGCCGGAAGGAUCACUGGGCGCUUAACGCCUAUGGCCAGUCGAGUGCCAAAGGGAAGUUCAAGUUUGGGUUUCAAGGAGGAAGACCUCACUGUUCUGGGCACCACGGCAGAUGCGUUGGCCUUCCUGAAUGCGGGCUGCAGAGUCCCACGGACGCCUGCCAAGAUUCGACCGCCUGGAUAUUUGCCACAGCUAGGCCCAGGCCCAGCGCCCGAGCCGGGCCCGCCCGAGCGGGGCCCGCCCGAGCCGGACCCGCCGGAGCCCGGUGUGCUGGAGCGCGGUGCUCCACGUCUAUCCAGCGGUCACGUGGAGUUUUGCCCCACGCCCAUGAACACGGUGCAUGUCAUCACUCCCUACUCCAAAGUCUACGGAAAGCACCCGAGCCUGUUCAACUACGACCGGAAGGGGGAGAUGCAACUGAAUGACAAGGGUGUGGCCGCCUUGAUGGAAGAUGGCGCUGAUCUUGAUGUGGACUGAGCCGAGGGCAAUGCAAUGGUUUUCCAAAACUUUCAGGAGAAGCUGGCAACCAC